UGCAAAGUAUAUAUGCCAAACAGCUCAUGUUUUGGAUCGGCUCACUGAUAACAGGGAUCCCGUAAGGAUGCGAGUUGCCUCGGAGGUGUGAAUACGUCUGACAGAGAAUAACACACCAGAAAAUAGACGGAGACUGGUGGGAUUCAUUUGUUAUCCGCGCUUGAGCUCUACAAACAUGCCUGAGGUUCGGGAACUUUCUGAAGCUUUGCCGGAGAUGCCCAUGGACCCCAUCACUGGAGUGGGAGUUGUAGCCUCCAGAAACAGGGCACCCACCGGAUAUGAUGUAGUGUCUACUACAACAGACGGUCUAGAUGCUGACCUGUGGAAAGACGGCCUUUUCAAAUCCAAGGUGACCCGCUACCUGUGCUUCACAAGGGUCUUCUCUAAGGAAAAUAGCCAUUUAGGUAAUGUUCUAGUGGACAUGAAGCUGAUCGAUAUAAAGGACACUCUGCCUGUGGGCUUUAUCCCAAUCCAGGAGACUGUUGACACCCAGGAGCAGGCCUUCAGGAAGAGGCGACUCUGCAUCAAGUUUAUUCCACGGGACUCCACAGAAGCAGCCAUCUGUGACAUCCGCAUCCUGGGGCGCUCCAAGCAGGCCCCCCCCCAGUACACCUUCAUAGGAGAGCUUAAUAACAUGGGAAUCUGGUAUCGGAUGGGGACUGUUCCUCGUGCCCAGGACUCCACCCACACACCCACCACCAACAACACCCACAAUGUCAACUCCACAUCCAGCUCAGCCGCAGUGCCAGCAGCUCCUAUGCCCAAGCAUAUUUCCAUGACCCUCCCAGCCAGUUUCAGAGGGAAGAACACCACCAGGCCAGACUACGAGCACCAGAACUCCAACCUGUAUGCUAUCUCAGCGAUGGAUGGCGUUCCCUUCAUGAUCUCUGAGAAGUUCGCCUGCGCCUCAUCUGAUCUGCAGCAGGUCGACCUCAUGGGAAUCACAAUCAAGUCCCUGGCUGAGAUAGAGAAAGAGUAUGAUUAUAGUUUCCGCACAGAGCACAGUGCAGCCGCCCGCCUCCCUCCCAGCCCCACACGAACAUCUCUGAGCUCUGAGGCCUGAAGGACUGCAACCCCAACCAUACAACAC